GACACCCUAAAUUUCUUCCUUAUAAACUCUCUCUACAGCAACACCAAGCUCUCCCUCAUCCCCCUCCCCCUCCCCCUCCCAUGGCUUCCUCUGUCAAGGGUAACAGCAGACUCUCCAUUGCCAUGGAGCGCACUGGCCAAUGGAUUUUUUCUCAAGAAAUCCCUUCGGAUGUUAUGGUUGAAGUUGGAGAAGCCAAUUUCUCUCUACACAAGUUCAUGCUUGUGGCGAAGAGCAACCACAUAAGGAAGCUCGUUUUAGAGUCAACAGAGCCAGACCUGACGAGAAUCAACCUCUCCGACAUUCCGGGAGGCCCCGAGACGUUCGAGAAGGCGGCCAAGUUCUGUUACGGCGUCAACUUCGAAAUCACAAUCCAAAACGUCGCCGCUUUGCGCUGCGCCGCAGAGUACCUGGAAAUGACCGAUAAGUACUGCGACAACAACCUCACUGGCCGCACCGAAGAUUUCUUGACGCAGGUCGCUCUGUCAAGCCUCUCCGGUGCCAUUGUCGUGCUCAAGUCGUGCGAAGAGCUUCUCCCCAUCGCCGAGGACCUCAAGAUCGUUCAGAGAUGCGUGGAUGUUGCUACUUCCAAGGCCUCAAUUGAAGCGAGUUUUCCAAGUCGAACGCCAACGAAUUGGUGGACAGAGGAAUUUGCGAUUUUGGACAUUGAAUUCUUCGGCAGAUUCAUCGCUGCGAUGAAGCUGCGCGGAGCGAAAUCGUUAAUCGUAGCCAGCGCGAUCAUAACGUACGCCGAGAAAUGGCUCCGAGAUCUCGUCCGAGACCACUCCGGUACCGGCGCAAACGCGGCCUUUUCGGACGACUCCGAUCUCCGAAUCCGGCAACGCGAGCUUCUGGAAGCGAUCGUUUCUCUCUUGCCGUCGGAGAAAGCGGCGCUGCCGAUAAACUUCCUCUGCUGCCUUCUCAGAUCUGCCACCUUCGUCAAGGCCUCGAGCGCGUGCAAGACCGAGCUGGAGAAGCGGAUCUCGGUUAUAUUGGAGCACGUGACCGUGGACGACCUCCUGGUGCUGUCGUUCACCUACGACGGCGAGAGGCUCUUCGAUCUCGAGAGCGUGAGGAAGAUCAUCUCCGGGUUCGUGGAGAAGGAGAAGAGCGUCGCUGUCUUCAACGCCGGCGAUUUCAGAGAGGUUUGCUCGGCGGCCAUGGUCAGAGUCGCGAAGACUGUCGACGCGUAUCUCGGCGAGAUCGCCCCGUGUGUUGAUCUCAGCAUCUCCAAGUUCAACGGCAUCGCCAACCUCGUCCCUAAAGGUGCCCGUAAAGUGGACGACGAUCUCUAUCGCGCCGUUGAUAUUUACUUGAAGGCUCAUCCGAACCUUGACGAGAUAGAGAGGGAGAAGGUGUGCAGUGUAAUGGACGCCUUGAAGUUGUCGUACGAAGCGAGAGUGCACGCUUCGCAGAACAAACGACUUCCCGUGCAAAUCGUACUGCAUGCGUUGUAUUACGAUCAGCUGAAGCUGAGGAGCGGGGUGGACGAAAACGACACGAUGCAGGACGCCGUAACGACGAGGAGUCAGGUGCAGCAGGACGUGUCGUUGGCGAGGGAGAACGAGUCGUUGAGAACGGAGCUGUUGAGGAUGAAGAUGUACAUUACGGACUUACAGAAAAGUGGGCCUGCUGCAAAAGGUAGUUUAGGCGCCGCGACGACGUCGUCUGGGAAAGGAGGUGGUGGGCCCAGGAAGGGCACGUUCUUUUCGUCGGUGUCGAAGAAAUUGGGGAAGUUGAAUCCGUUUAAGCAAGGGUCCAAGGACACAUCGAAUAUUAUGGACGAGGGUGUGGACAUUACCAAGCCUAGAAGGAGAAGGUUUUCAAUCUCUUAAUUAUUUAGGGUUUUGCUGUUGUCUUUGGACUUUUGUGUUGGUGUUAAUUAUUGUUUUCUUCUUAAUUUUGGAUCCUUGCUCAAAUAGUAAUGUUCGUGUAUGUAUAUAUAUUAUAUAUGAUUGGAAGCAUUGCUUAAAUUAUAUUUCUAGUCGACACAAGUUCUACCAAGUUAUUAGUGCUGGUGUGUAAUUAAAUUAUUGUUUUGAUUUUGAUGAGGGAAAUGUGUAAGUGCAUGGAUGAAUGUGAGGAGAAGUUGAUUUUGGUUU